AACAUCCCUUUUAAAAUGUUAGAAUUUUAUGUGACGUCAAACUCAAGAGAAAAAAGUGGGGAUAUUGUUAUUCUCAGGAUUCUCAGCAGGUCAGUCCGAGGAUUAGGUUUUGUGUAAGCAAAGGACCAAAAUGGUCAAAAUCACAUUUUCUCUCGCUGUACUUUAUGUGUAUCUGUCCGUGGCAUAGUGACGCUAAGUUUUUUCAGCGUUUUCCGCCUUGUGUAAAUGUUUAAUCCUCAAAAAAACAAUAUUAAUUUAAUAUAUUAAAAAAACUAAGUAUAUAUAAAACGCUGCCUGAGGAUAAAAAAAUUGACGAUAUGUACUCGGAUCUAAAAAAUGAUGACGAUUUCUCGGACAAUGACAAGCUUCCAUUGACGAAUGAUGACUUUAAUAGUCUAAGCUUCGUGGAUAAAAUGAAUAAAUCAUUCAACAGCUUGCCUAGUAUUCCGUCGUCAGUGAGAAGGUUAAAAAGAAAAUUAACCAAGUUGUUAUCAGUGUUGGCAUUAUUUUCGUACAGAACAUUAUUUUUCAUAAGCUGUCUUGUAUCUAGAUCCACUUUGCUAUCUAUGACAUCACAAUUGGAGCCUAAUCACACAGUGCACUGUAUUAAAAAUUCCAACAGAAAUGAAAUGAAGAAAUAUUUUCUUGUUCAAUCUAAAAGUGAACGAAUUAUGUGGAUCUCGUGUUUGAUGAUUGCUUUCAUUGUUCCCGAGAUGAUAAACUCAUUUGUAUGUUUCUACAAAUCAAAAGAACAACCAUCAAGACUUCAAUUAUUAUCAGUGCUAGUUCCCGAAACUUUUCAUGUGAUUGGAAUAACAUUGAUGAUUUUUGUUAUCCUACCGGAAAUUGAUAUUAUGCGAUUUUGGUUGCUGUGUGUUUGGUUCGUAUUUGACAUGGGACUGCUCAAUCUGAUAUCGAGAUUUUCUGACAGAAGAAACGCUAAAAAUAACAUUGUGUUUAUUGUUGGAGAUGUUAUUAUUUUAGCAAAUUUAGCUAUCGAGAAUAUUGUGUUUUCGUUACAUGACAGCACUAUUUAUGAUAAUAGUUUUUGGAUUAUCAUUCUGUCAUCUAGUUUCAUAUUUUUUGGAUUUUGGCAGGAUGUUUCUUAUUCUAUACUCAGUCCUACUGGUUAUAUUCGUACUUUCAAUACAGCACGUGAACAACUUUAUCCUGUACGACAUUAUACAGAUGCAUUAGCUUCACAGUGGAGGAUUACCGUCUUUUUAGUCAGUUCAUUUACUAUUUUAUACAUAACUGGUGAUAAUCCUGUAGAUAUUGUACUACAUUUUGUAGAUUCAUUCAAACAGCAUAAUAUAACUCUUAUUGAAAACACGCAACAGAAAAUUGUUAAUUACAAUGGAACUAUAGUUGAUUUGGGAAGAGUAAUAUCUAUUCCAGAUGGAAGUCUUUCUUUUGUUGUUUUAGUUUUGUUGACUCAAAUAUUGUUAUCUGUUCUCAGUAAUGUAGAAGAUGACAAAGGCGGACUACGUAUUCUACGAGGAUUCGAUUUCCGAUCAAGAUUAGGCUGGAAUAUACCACUUUCAUUCAGUUUUGUAUUGAUAAUAUGGACUUUUUUCGUAUUGGAUCCCUACUGUAAUUUCAAUUAUGACUCAAUAAUACCAAGAUUCCUUUCUUUUGACUCACGGAAACAAGGAUUGAGAAAAGAACUCAGUUUGCAUUCGCAAAAUAUUUCUGACGUAUGGAAAAUUCUUGGCUCAAUUAUAUCAAUUUUGUGGAUUGGAGUGCACACCAUUAUUCGAUAUUACCGAUUGAUGGUCGAGAAUAAAAAACCUUUCAGUAAUGAAAAUCACAAGCGGCCGUUAUUCAAUAGAUGGCUCAGUUCCAUCAAGUCCAAGAACCAAUCGAACUUUGAAAAGGAACUUAUCACAUGGAAAACUAAUCAGGAAAUCCAGCUAAACGCGUCUUUUAACUCGAGUUUUUUAAAGUACUGACUUACUUUUUGUAUAUAAUCAUAUCCCAUGUUAUCAACCAGUAUUUUAUUUUUUUUAUAAAUAACUACG